GCACUCAAUCUAUUUUCCAAUUUCGAUACCAUUUUCCCAGUUACUUUCCUCACCUAACCCUGCUACUACUUUUCAUACAUAUAAAUAAUCAUAAUUUUGUCCAUUCUUCCAACUCCAGCCACAACCAGUGGCAUAGCCCAGAGUUUUAACGCUCUGUUCCUGCUGCAUUCAAACAUACCCAAUUUCAUUUUUUAUUCUUAAAUCCAAUGUCUGAGGUUUGGAAGUAUUGAGUGGAAGAAUUUGAUGUUGGGGUGAUGGAUCUGGCAAAAAGAAAAGGUCGUGGUGAAGUUUUGGAUCGUGUUGAUGGAAGGGUGGGUGAGGAUUUGAACCAAUUGGUUGAAGGAAAUGCAAUUGAUGCAGGAGGUGGACAUAGCUUGGAUGAAAGAGUUAGUGGAAGUGGGGAAGAUGAGACUACAGAAGAGACGUGUAAUGGUCUUGGUUUGAAUGUGGAGCUAAAGGAGGGGCUGCAAGAAGUUAAUGAUCAGAACCUGGUUGGACCUCGAGAAAUUAAUGAUACAUUACAUGGGGUUGAUCAAGGAACCAGUAAUAGUUCAAGAAAUUUGGUUAGUGGGGAAGUACCUGAGACUUGUGUUGUAAUAGAUCCUUCCGCACAGAUGGAUUGUGUCAGUGGAGAAAAUAGGAAAUUGGAAGCAAAACCUAAUCAUUCAGGUUUGAGCAAGUUGUCCAAGAAAGUGACAAAAGGGGUGUCUGACAUCGAUAAAAAUUCAUGUGUGAUUGAUAUAAACCGUGGCAGCUGCGACGGUUUUAGUGAGAAUCUGGAAGGUGAAUUGAUUUGUAGGAUUUGCCAUCUGGCCUCUGGGCAACCAUUAGAAGCAGAAGCUGUUGGCACUGUAAGUAGUGCUACUACUACGAAUACAGAUUUGAUUCAGCUUGGUUGUGCUUGUAAAGAUGAAUUAGGCAUUGCUCACAGUCAUUGUGCUGAGGCAUGGUUCAAGAUUAAAGGAAACAGUUGGUUAUUGCAUGUAGCUCGUUGCCGUUUCAUUUUUCGCUGGUUACAUCGCUAACUGGAGAACCAAUAUCAUCCUUGUGCACCCUGACACAUGGAGUUUUUAGUAGUAAUUGACUUCAACGAAGGGUGAGUUGGGCAAGUGCAUCCACAGACACUCAGUUGGUUUUCCUUCUGAGGUAUUAGCUAAUAGCUUGGCUUCUGUUGUUGCGAGCUGAGGUUAAUUGACAUCCCAAAUUCCAAAUAACGGCACCAGGUCUUAGUUUGGUAUAGUUGCAUAUUUGAUGACCUCUUUUUGUUGACAAAACUACAACACAGCCAAUUUAGAAUUUCAUAAAUAACCCAAUAGCUUCUUUUGGUCUUAUACCUUGCUUGGAAAUGAAGGUCCCCUUUUGAUCUUAAAAAUGUCAUUUUUUGGGUUGGAACUUAACAUUUACUGCAUAAUUUGGAGGAGACAAGCAGAAUCUCAUGAUAUAAUACCUACCAUUUUACCUACCAUGAGAAAGGGCCAUUUGCU